ACUAGGGUUGAAUAACCGCUAGUGCUCUUUUCCACCUCUUAACCCGCCAAAAAUAUGACAACCUCCUCGAACACCGCGUUUGCACUGCAAGAAGCUGACAACUACAUUGAUUAUGAGACAUUCCUGUCAGACAACUUUGAUGCCAAUAAGUACGCGGACAGCAUCAUCCACGAUGGCGGGGAUGCAGCAACAGCACUUUCAAAACUAGCGUUCAGCAUUACCAGUAUCGACAAGCAGAUCCAAAACGAGAUUGCAAGCAACUAUGAUACGCUAUUAGGUCAAGUACGCGGUAUCCGAGAAUUAGAAAUCGUCCUGUCUACAGUUCAAAGCAAUAUUAUCGAGCUGAAAACUUCAUUAAACCGACUAGCAGGCAAGAUCCGAGAUCCAUAUCAACAAUUAAAUAACUAUACCAUCCAACUCGAACAUCUACAUCAAACGGCGGAUUUAUUACGACGACUACAUCGAUUUGUUGUCCUAGUACGUCGACUCGAGAACCAACUGGGUCGAGAUAUGGCAGCAGCAGCACUGACAAUUUCUGAAAUCGGAACGAUAUCACAAGAAUCUGAUUUCGAUGAAAUUGAUAUUGUAACACAAGAACAAGCGUUUCUUGAAAAGGCCCAAACACAAAUUGAAGUGGAAGCAACCACGUUGCUACGUGAAGGUGUCACGCAACAGAACCAAAGCAAAAUGGCAGCCGGUCUGCAGAUCUUGUACAAUAUGAAGCAAAUGGAAACCCAGGUACAAGCAUUGGUCACGCGUAUGCUGGAUGAUUUGGCAGCAGAGAUACGACAUGCUAUUGACAUGUCAUCGUUACAAAAACAAAUGCGAGUAUCAUCAUCAGGACCAGCUGUACGACGGGUCAAUAACGAACCGACGUUUGGUAACCAAAGCCAAUGGCAACAAGCAAUAUGGAAGCGGAUGGAAACCCUAUUUCGGUCCAUGGCCGAUGGAUGCAUUCAAAUCUAUGCAUUGGAGAAAGUGCUGGAGAUCAAAAAGGAUUCGUUUCUGCAAGUCUCGUAUCUGGAAGAAGUGCUCAAGACUAUGGAUGCCACAAGUUUAGCAAGUCGAUUCUGGCGCAUGUUGGCUAUGACUUUUGAAAAGGAAUUGCGUGAGGCGACAAAGACAUCUGGAUUUUUAAGAAACACGUUUGUUACCGAGUAUGGCAAGUUGCAUCGGCUAUUACAAGAGUUCUUGUCUCAAGUAGCAGUGCAUAAUGGCGUGUCUCUUUCUGAAUUCUCUCAAAGUCCCGAGUGUAUUAUUAUGCAACGUAGCAUCAGUAUCUUUGACCGAGCAGCAGCAAAAUCAAGUAGAACUGCUAAUAACGUUGCAGUAGCUGGAAAUCAUGCCAAAUAAAAUAGUUUUAUAUA